GUCUAUGGAUGGAGUUGACUUAACGUCACAGAGUACAUUUUUGUAAACUAGGUACCUACCUACCUAACUAAUCUUGAGGUUGGGCUAGUUACGCUAAGGACUUAGGUAGGUAGGUAGCUUCUGUGUACCCACAUGUAGGUAUCUUACCAAUUUUCGAGAUGCCGUCAUCAUUAUUUAGUUACGAGACCUUGGUACACGCCAUCGCUGGAGCUACGGGUAGUGUGGUUGGCAUGGCAGCAUUUUAUCCCCUGGAUACACUUAGAUCAAGAUUACAAGUUGAAGAUUCCAACAAGCUGCAGGGCACAUCUUGGCAGUUGUUACUGAAGCUUGCAAAUGAAGAGGGCAUUGAUUCCUUAUACCGUGGUUUAGCACCAGUACUGCAAUCACUGUCAGUUUCAAACUUUGUUUACUUUUAUACAUUUCAUUCCCUAAGGAGAGUUUUUUACAAGGACCCUUCUGCUUUAAAAGAUUUGUUGAUAGGGUUAGUCGCAGGGAGCAUAAAUGUAAUUUUGACAACUCCAUUAUGGGUUGUUAAUACUAGGAUGAAGUUAGAAACAAAGACUUACAAAACCCUUUUGGGUGGGCUGUUGGAAAUAUCAAAGACUGAAGGCCCCAAGGGAUUGUGGUCGGGAACUGUACCUUCAUUAGUACUAGUUUCUAACCCAGCCAUCCAGUUUAUGGUAUAUGAAUACCUGAAGAGACAACUCACAGCCAAAGGCAAUUUUGAUACUUACUCUGCAUUUUUGAUUGGUGCUGUUGCUAAAGCAAUAGCUACAACUUUAACAUAUCCCCUGCAAUUAGUACAGUCUCGUCUCCGAGCUGGCACCAGCCUAAAACCUAUAUUGAAAGAUGUUAAAUCCAAGCCUUCUGUCCUGUUCCGUGGUUUAGAAGCCAAACUUUUACAAACAGUUAUGACAGCCGCUUUAAUGUUUCUAAUAUAUGAAAAAGUUGUGCGUAUGGUACUGUUAAUUAUGAGGGUGAGAAUGUCUAAAAGAUAAAUCACAGUAAACAAAAGGUGGUAGUAUUCAAUUACUUUUGUAGGCAAUGGGUUAAAAUUAUGAAUCUUAUUUGACAGAUGGUAUUUUGAAUCCAAAUGUUUUAUUUUAAAGAUUUUUGUGAUGUUAGUUUUAAGUUGUUAGAACCAUGACAAACAAUAAUAAUACGACAUUUGCAAUUUAUAUUAGGUGUUGGAAUUGGACAAUUGAAUCUAAUUAAAGUAUGUGAUAUCAAUGAUUAGUGUCAAGAAUGCUUGUCAAAAAAAUUAUUUAGAUUAGGUGCUGGCAUUUACGAGUAAAUGGCUAAACGAAAUUGACCUCUAGCUGCUGUAAUACAUGUUGCAAUGUUAUCUUAUACCUGUUUUAGUUCAUUUUGCUGAAAAUAGUGCCAAACAUUAAAUAAGAGAAACAAGUGAAAUGUUCAUGUGAUUACUAUAUCCAAAGACAUUGAAAAUAUCACACAUGUAGUGUAGACUCAUAGGUAAACACCAAAUGUAUUUGUCAAGAAAUAAAAUUAUUUGGUUUGUAUGGAGCACUUGUAUCAAGCGGUGGUGGUGUAAUGGUUAAGACGCCCGCCUGUGGAACGAACGUUCCCAGGUUCGAAUCAUACUCGUGCCACAUGAGUUUGUAUACCAAUCUGACUCAUGUAUCCACCACUUCCUUCCGGUGAAGGAAAACAUCGUGAGGAAACCUGCACACUGGUUGAUUCUUAUUAACUUGUGUGUGAAAUGGAGAAGGCAAUGGCAAACCACUCCAUUAAUGCUAAGAAAGUUGUUGUGUUUCAUUCAACGUAAUAACCACGACCCUCAGUCAUGAGGAAUACAACUAUGAAGAUGGAGCACUAGUUUUCUAGGGCAUUAUAUUUACAAGGUUAGUAGUGAUUGAUAAAAUAAAUAAUGUUGCAAGCUUGGUGGAACUUUGCUACAACGAAUAAGUGCAGUAACAUUGAAAUACAUCUAAAAUUUUCACAAAAUGCUAGGAACAUUUGAAUAUGACAGAUAAAAAAUAUUGAGACUUACAUAUAUGUAAUUCCUUUUCAAUUCCAUAGUCGCGAGGAAUGCAAAUAUAUGUGACAUUUUGUCUUUAUAUAACACUUGGUACCAGAUAAAUAUCAUAGCACACUUAUACCGCACCACUCGCUGUCAGCUCUAAGAAUGUAAAAUGUACCAAGUUUGCUGGGUCUUGCUAUACGAAUUUACGGAUACAAGUAAAGCAAUUAUUUUUUUGUGAAAUUUCUCUAUUUCUCGAUAAACCAAACCAAACCCUCUGCACCAAAUGUAUACCUUCUGAUGUUUUAAAAAAUACCCUUUAUAUUUUCGGUCAAUGACACAAUAUUUUUUUAUAUACAAAAUAUUUUGCAAUAAAAAGUAGAUAAUUUCUUUUAUUGUAGGGAUUGUUAUGGAUAAUAAUAAAUGGUGAAAGAAUUUCAA